UUAGGGUUUCUCUUCCUCCCUCUUCUCUGAUUCUUAUUCUUCUUCCCUCAUUCAAUCUAGCCUCCAUCUUUCUAUACACGCUAAUCCUUACCCACUCCAUUUCUCAUAUGAAAACCCUAAAGUUAAUGGUUGAAGGUUUGCUCUUCAUUCUAUUUUCAUAUUCCAAGUGGUGCUUCUGACCUAAUUCCUUAUUCUAAUCAAGAUUUAUUUGUGUCCUCAAUGAAGUCGCAAAUCGAAUGGGUACAACCCUCUCUUUCUCUGCAUCCGGUUAAUCAAUCAAUUCUGCUAGCUAGGACCAGAUCAGAGGAAACUCAGCCAUCGCGGGUUACAUCCGCAUUGAGUGGAGUGCCAUCAAAAUCAAAUAGCAUGCUGCCAUCGUUACUGCCAAGCAAAGCAUCUUUGAGAACCCCAAUGGUUAUUCCUCCAAUUGAUCCUCCAAGCAAGAAACAAACAAACAAAAUGUUCCCUAUGGAACUGGGUGAAAAUAACUCGAAAAAUGCAGAUGGGCAAGAGGCUUCUGCACUUCGUGAUGAACUUGAUAUGCUACAAGAAGAGAAUGAGAAUGCCCUUGAGAAGCUUAGAAUUGCUGAAGAAGGUUGUCAAGAUGCAGAGAAAAGGGUUGAGGAGCUUGAGAAGCAGGUGGCUUCUCUUGGCGAAGGAAUUUCGUUGGAAGCAAAAUUGAUAAGCAGGAAGGAAGCUGCAUUGCGCCAAAGAGAGGUUGCUUAAAUUAUUAAACGUGUCUUAUUUUGGUACUU